AUGGCUCACUGUAGCUACAAAGCGCUUCUAGGUAAGGUCACCCCUUCCCAGGGCACACCUUGCGGUCAGUCCACAGAUUAUCCUGGUCAGCUGGAAUGUAUUGCGUUCAAAGACUGUACAAAAGAUGUAACUGGCCAUUUAAAGGCCUUAAACCUCAGCGCAGAUGAGGGUUUAGGAUCUGAAAUAAAGUUGCUGUUAGCCAGAGCAGGUAAAUACCAACCUAAAAUAUAAUAUUUUGGUCUUUUUAUCAGCUAUAUUAUUAUUAUACGUUUUACUUUUUAUCAUCAUGCACUUGAGGGUGGUUAUUCUCAACACAUCAUUCUCCUUCUAGGGGUUUUCUCAGUGGAAGAACAUCACUAUGCCUUGAGCAUUUGUCCAAGGCACAGGGCUGAUUUCGGCAUCCGCUGGAGGACAGGGAAGACCAUGUGUACAGUACCCAAAGAAUUAGCAGUACAUAAAACUACAACUGCUAAAGGGAGCCACCGAGUGGAUAGCUUGAAGUCGGCGUUUAUUUUCAAAACCACGAACACACUUAUUCCAGUUGGAUCACGUAAGUUGCAAACUUUUCUGCGAAGAUUGGUUAGAUAAUGGUAAUUUUUCAGGGUUAAGAAUCACAUAUAAGGUGGCACACAAGGCGAGGAGUUUGCUAGCACUCUAUUAAAGAAACAGUAAGAAAUUUCCACGAGACAGUGACCAGAGAGGAGAGAGCGUGCAAGGAGAGGGAAAGGCGCUUUGAAGAUGCAUUAAUUAUCACGUGUCGCUUGUUUGUAUUACGCAGGGGUCAUUUUUGCCUUGGGGGUGCGGGUAAUCCUAGCACACCUUGCAGUCCUCAUUCAAAAUUAUUGGUCUUGCGGGCAGGAAGUUCUCUUCUUUCUAUGUAUGUUUUAAAUGUAUUUGUUUAUACAGUUUAUUGACAUUAAUUUCUGUUCGUCUGUUCAUUUUGUUUUGCUUUUGUUUCUCCAUUUAAAGCAAUUUGUAAACAAUGCAACGAGUAUAUCAGCAAACAGGCCAUGCCUAACCAAACUCUAGUGUUUGCUUCAGGUGGGGUGGAGCCCGUCCCCGGGGUCUCGCACCUGCAAGAGUUACCCGAGCCCCAUUUGUUGGUAAGUAGUAAUAAGAAACACUAGUGUAAAUGGUUCGCUUAAGUGGCUCCUUUAACGAUGGUAUGAAAUGUUUUGCUUUCAAAAAAAUAUCAUCAUUCAUUUUUUCAUUUCCUUUUUAAUCCUUUUUUACUUUAGGGGAUUUCUUUUCACGGGUUUGUGUGGGUGUUGGCUUAUGAAUAAAAUAAAACAAAAUAAACGUAUAAUCAUGCUUUAUAGUAAUUACACAAUAUAUUUGUUUGAACUGUUUCAGGUAGAGGGGGAAACAGGCCUUUCAAGUGCAGAAACAACUUGUAGUGAGUUAUCGUCUGAUGACCUUGCAACUGAACUGAAGAGGCUGGAGAUAUCGUCAAGAGGGCGGGAUGAUGAGACGUUCCUCAGUCCGGAUACCGGAAGUCUUGUUUCUUCCACGAGUGACGAGGCCCCAACCACUAUGCAAGAACCUCGCAAAAAGUUGAACGAAUAUCUGGUUUCGAAGAACAUCCCGCCAAUAACUCAGCCCUGGAUGGAAUGGGAUAAAGCUGGAGAGAGCACUAAGAAGAGAUACACCAAAAGGACAGUGGAGAUCUUUUCUUCAGUCCUACAAGAUCUUACACCUAAUUAUGCAGGUUCUCUUUGGCAAGCGGUCGUCUCGUCCCCUGCCAUGAACAAAGCUCUUAAACUUGAUGAAUUAUCACAAACGUCCAAGAAUUAUCUUCAGGCCUUAGCAGAGGCAUACGGUAAAGCUCAAGGGUGGGAGACAAGAAGGCAGAUCUUGUCUAUCAUGUCAGGCGUUGCCAGCUUCAAUGAUAUUUCAAGAUUUAUACCAGGCUUAACUAGAUAUCGCUAUAGCUUGGCCAACCUGCAUCGCUUACAGUAUGGUAGCGGGGCUCCCACAACGCACCACCCUUCGCCGAGGAUAAAGGUUGAUCUGAAGCAACUUGACCAUUUUUUAUCGUAUAUAACAAGUCCGCAUUUGGUGCAGGAUCUACCAUUUGGGCAGAAAACGUUGAAACUCUCUUCUGGCCACCUGGUUGAGAUACCAAACGUCAUAAGGACGAUGAUACCCCAAAGAAUAGCACGUCAGUACGCUCAGUACUGCCACGAAACUGGCUUUAAACCAUUCAGUGAGCGUACUAUGCUUCGUGUAUUGGAGGAAUGCAAGGCCUCGGUCCGAAAAUCUCUCCAAGGACUUGACUACGUCGCCGCAGACGGUGCGCGUGAUGAUGUUUGCACUGCCGAUGAGCUUAAAGAAAAAUUAUUAUCGCAUGGUGGAAUGAAAGGUGUAAGAGUUGUUUCCCUUGAUACGAUCAUCGAAACACCUGACAGUGGGCAAACUAUUACUGGCAUUACAAAACUGAACAAUUUUGAGUUUAGCUCUACAGAGUCUGUUACCUGUUGGCGUGCGUAUUGUGUUGGUCGCGGAAAAAUCAUCAAUCCAGGAUCUUCAUCAAGUAAGUAUGGGAAUUAAAACUAAAAGUGAGCUACUGAGAAUUAAUGUAUGAGUUGCCGCUAAAUUUAAGUUCUGUAUUAAAAUGCAACUCAAAAGUGUAAGACCCUUACUUUAUUGGGGACCCUUACCAUACAAUAAUUAUCUGCAAGUACAUGUAUCAGAUACCUUUGGAGUCCCGCGCAAUAUUCUUGGUUCUGAUAAAUGAAGAAAUGAUUAUCGCAGUUGUAAGAGCAAUUUAAAGAAUUACCAUUUUGUUCAAUUUUUUUGGUGGCUUAAACGGGAAAACCCAUAACUUCUACGUACGUUAGCUCGGCAGCGCUCUACUAACCGAGCUAUGAAUACCCAUGUAUUGGAAACAUACGUUUAUUUCUGUCAUGUUUGCUUUAAAAACUUAUAAAUUAUUUGAAAAAGAAAUCAGAAAACAACUUUUUAUUGGUAUUAAUUUAUUUACCCAAGGUCCUCGAUACCAAGUACUUCAGAAAUCAUUCUCCGAAGGAGAUUUUACUUCCUUCCGAUGUAAAUCUGAAAAACAGAUUGGACAGACAGCUUCAACAUCAGCAACUGUGGCCGAGCCAUCUGGUGGCAUUUCGGAAGACAGUGACCUGUCCACAGGGGUUUAUUCCUGUCCUCAAGACGGCUGCGUUCGUGUGUUCCAAAGAGUGUCUGCUUUAGAGAAACAUCUGUCUGUAGAAAAAUGUUCCCGAUCCCCGGAGAAAUAUUCUCUAAUGGAUUUAGCGAAAAUGGGAUACAAGACCCAUUUGGAAGAAGGUGUUGGCAUAUUGCCCUCUCUUAAAGCCCCAGUUGCUCACCAGGAGGGUCACUUUGUACCAAAUGAGGGAUGGGCCCUCAGAGCAGCAAAGAAGGCGUAUAGAUUCAGCGAAAAGCAAAAGUCUUACUUACUGGCGAAAUUCUCUAUCGGUCAAACAACGGGCCGUAAGCUUGACGCCGAGGUUGUGGCGAGGGAAAUGAGACGCGCCCGUGGAGCAGAUGGUGUGCGACUUUUCCAGUUCUCAGAAUUCCUAACCAGCUUGCAGAUUGCGUCCUUCUUCUCAAGGCAAAGCGCUACACUACGGCAAAAGGACCCAGCAGAUGAAGCCGAUAUCCGGGCAUCUCAAGAGGAAGCUAACUUUAGUGCAGCGAAGGAGGUCGUUGAAACCAUUCAGCUCAACCAUCCUCUGGUAUACGAUCAGUACAACCUGUGUGAGAUGGCGCUCAGUGGUAACUUGAAAGUCCUCAAGCUACCGAUGCUUCAGCGCUUGUGCGAGGAUCUCGGCCUUGAUGCACCUGUCCCGCCUGUGCGCAAGAAGGCUCUAUACUUGGCACUCUUAGAGGAAAUAGCCAAAAAGUGCACAUGCCGAAAGUAA